AUGCCUCCCCUCAUUCAUCUCACACACAAACACAAACACGAGGGGAAUUUCAAUUUCCUAUUUUUCAACACAUGGUAUACGCUGUCGUUUCAUUCUUUUAUUCCUUUUCUCGCACCAACCACCACCAAAAAAAAAAAACCACAACUAACCCUAGCCCCCUUUUCGUCUUCGGUCUCGAUUCCUCUUUCUUUUCUCCCUCGAUUUCACCUUCAAUUUUCUCCCCUCUUCUCCAAUUGAUUUUACCUUCGUUCUGCUCUUGAUUUUCUCUACCUAUCGACCCCAAUUUUGAUCCAAUCGGUGCACGGUUUCUGUUUCUAGGGUUUGCGUCGUUGAAUAUUCUCGAUCUGUUUUUCUCGUUACAGAUCUGAGAAAAAGAAACAGAAGAUUGUUUCUUUUCUUUGAUUUGGGUUCUGGGUAUCGUUGAUCUCAUCCUGUUACUUUGAUUUUGUGUAAAUUUAUUUCAAGGUCCUUCAAAAACUGGUCUGGGUUGAUAGAUCUCGCACCGAUUAAUCCAAUUCAGUGCAAAUUGACCGUCGAUUGGGCGUGAUUUCCUUGUUCUCGUUCGAUUUGGAUAGAUCUAGGGUUAGGGUUUCCUGAAAUUGGGGCUUUUUGUCAAAUCAUUGAAUUUCUUGGGGGGAAGUUCAAUUCCUUUGAGUAAUUACGAUUAUCCGGUUUGAUUACAUCCAAUUAGAGUUAUUAUUGCCCGAUUCAGCAGUUCGCAGUGUAAUUUGACGGUGACUUGUUUGAGGUAAUCAUGGUGCAGAAGCGUCCUUUUGAUGAUGGGGAAAUACUUGAGGUGUCCUUCAAACACCCGAAACAUGGAGGACCCUACAAUGAGCUCGUUCCAAUAUCUGAUUCUGUUUUUCCUGUUGAUGAUCGCCAUACCCAUAUGCCUAAAACUUCAGAGGGUGGAUUUACACAAGAUAGUACUGAAGGCAAUGAGAAGCUUCCUAGAGGAACUGGGGACUCAGAAACAAGCUUUCCUUUAGUAGGUAUUCCUGCUUCUUCUUGGACCACCAGUACCAUCACCGCAGAAGAUCACAGAUUGGAGCCACCUUUCCAUCUUUCUCUUUUUCCGGAGUAUUUUAGUCCAGAAAGACCUCAAAGGACAGUAACUCGAUAUGAGGACAUCUAUUCCACACUCCUUCAACAGUCUCCUCGCAAGCUUGCAUGUGUUGGAGAUAAUUAUCAAGCUGAUAUUCCUGCAUGGGAUUUUUCCGGGCCCAUUAAUACUUCAAAUGCCUCAAAUGGUGUUUCGGACUCAGACAUAACUACUGGUGAUGGCGAUGAAACUGAGAAAAAAUUGAUGGGGACCUGCAUUUUACCUAUGCCUCAGAUGGAAUUGUCUUCUAAUGAUGAUGAUGAAGUUGGAAAGGGCAGAACUGACUGUAGAUGUUAUGACAGGGGAUCCAUGAGAUGUGUCAGACAGCAUAUAGCGGAAGAAAGAGAAAAACUUAUCAAAACCUUUGGGCUUGAGAAAUUCAUUGAGUUGGGGUUUGCUGACAUGGGAGAACAAGUGGCAGCACAAUGGAGUGCGGUGGAUGAACAACUAUUUCAUGAGGUUGUUUUCAAUAAUCCACCAUCCCUCGAUAGGAAUUUCUGGAACUAUCUUUCCAUUGUUUUCCCUUCUCUUACGAAAAAGGAGAUUGUGAGUUACUACUUUAAUGUCUUCAUGCUCCGAAGGCGGGCAGAACAGAACAGGAACGAUGUAUUGAGCAUUGACAGUGAUAAUGAUGAAUGGCAAGGUAGUGAUGGCAAUGAUAUUGCAACUAGAGAGGAAGAUGAGGACUCUGCUGCCGAAUCCCCUGUCUGUCAUGAUCCUACUUUUACUAACUGCCAUGAUAAUGAUCUGCAAGAUUAUGAUGAAUAUGCUGCCGAUGAAACUUGCGGUGAUAAUAGAACUGCAGAUUUUGCCAAGGGGAGCAGCAUUAAUGAUGAUUCCGAAUUUGGUUCUGCAGAAACACAUCACUCUAGUGGCUCCCCUCCUUUGAUUCAACCUCAGGAUCAAUUUGUGUGGCAGGAUCCUUGUGAUGAAAAAGUUAAAGAUGAUUCCUGCACAUCAUCUGAAACCGGAGUUGCUGUACAAGAGGAGACCAAGGGAAAUACUGAGAAUGGUGAUCAUUGGUGUGGUAACUAUAAUGGGGUAAGCAAUGGUUAUAGCCAAGGAUGUGUUUUGGAGCAUUGUGAUGCAGAAGUGUGGGAUUCUGGUUUUGUAUCUUGCUCUAAAAAUAAGAUGGACUUUUUACCUACAUGCAACAUGAUAGAAGAGGUUUUUGGAGAUGGACGAAGGCAAGACAUGAGAAGAGCUUGAGCAUCCUAGGCCUUCUUUUAUGGAGUGAAUCUCAAGCAUUCUUUUGCUAAAGAUGUUGAGAUUUGGACUUUUUUUGUAUAUUUGACAAGAGUGGAAAAGCAACCUUCAUUGUAAAGUAGUGUUUUGGAAGGUGAUUUGGUUUGAGUUAAUGCCCCGUUUAUUUUUCUUAAGUGCUUUUCGAACAGUGAAAUUUCUUAUUCCUUAAUUUAUGAUAGUUCUCCACAUUGGGAUGGGAUCUGAGAUUAGGGAGGGAAAUAGUAGGAGAUGGAAAAGAAACAAUCACGGAUGCAAAAAGUGUCCGGUGUUAUGAUGUAAUUUUUCAUUAUUUAAUUUUUAAUGAAAUUUCUCUUACUGGUA